UCGAGGGGUCGAGGGCGCGGGGAAGUGCAUGCACGCGAGCUUCGAUUGCGAGAGGAGCUGGAAAGAUCGAUCGAUCGAUCAAGCGAUCGAUCGGGGGACGGGAUCGGAUUGGAACAGAGAAUGCGGAGUGCAGGAGGAUUGAGGAGCGCGAGCCAGUGGAUGCGCAAGACGGUGGGAAACAUGAAGGCCGUAGUGAUCACGCAGCCCGGAGGCCCCGACGUUCUGCAGCUGAAAGAUGUCGAGGAGCCGAGUCUGGGCUCGAGCGAAGUUCUGAUCAAAGUGGCGGCGACCGCAGUGAAUCGAGCCGACACUCUGCAGCGGCAAGGGAAGUAUCCGCCGCCCGCCGGCGCCUCGUUGUAUCCGGGCUUGGAGUGUUCCGGCGUCGUCGAGGCAGUCGGUGACCGCGUCCAGAGGUGGAAGGUCGGAGACGAGGUCUGUGCGUUACUCGCAGGCGGAGGAUAUGCCGAGAAGAUCAAUGUUCCUGAGGGCCAGGUUCUGCCAGUUCCGAAAGGAGUUUCUCUGCUACAUGCCGCAGCUCUGCCCGAGGUCUCUUGCACCGUCUGGUCUACCGUUUUCAUGACUUCCAAGCUCACUGCUGGUGAGAGUUUCUUGGUGCAUGGAGGUUCGAGCGGUAUAGGAACUUUUGCAAUUCAGAUAGCCAAAGCAAAGGGAGCCAAAGUAUUCUGCACCGUGGGAAACCAGGAGAAAGCAGACUGUUGCAGGAAGCUAGGUGCAGACGUAGUCAUCAACUACAAAGAGCAAGAUUUUGUCCAAGUCGUUAAGGAGGAAACCGGGAACAAAGGUGUUAAUGUUAUACUCGAUCAUAUCGGAGCAUCUUACUUUCAGAAGAAUGUAGAUGCACUGUCUGUGGAUGGGAGACUUUUUAUCAUUGGAUUCAUGGGAGGCGCAGCCGGGCAAGUAAACUUGGCUCCCGUGAUGCUGAAACGACUAACAGUACAAGGUGCAGGAUUGCGCAGUAGAUCCUUAGAGCAGAAAAGUGACAUAGUUGCAGAAGUGCUGAAGCAUGUAUGGCCUGAGGUAGAAUCCGGAAAGGUGAAGCCCGUCGUACACUCCUCUUUUCCACUGGGCGAUGCGUGCAAAGGGCAUGAACUUUUGGAAUCGAGCGCUCAUGUUGGAAAGAUCAUUUUGACUGCUUAGGCUGUUAUUUCUUGCCUAGCUAUUGUAGCAUAGAUUCUAUACCAGAAGCUUUUUCGGAGCCUGCACAUGAAACACUGUACAUGUACAUACAUUUACUAUUUGAUAUAUCGAGGUGUGUCAACUCUUUUUUGUUCUCUUCGAG